CCGGCUUGCGUCGUUCACUUCUCUAUCCCCAGGCCUGGCAUUUAGCAGGCGUGCAGUAAAUAUCUGCUGAGCGCAUAAUAACGAUGAUGAUGAAUGCAGCUAGCCAUUGAUCGAGGACCUCCUGUGCGCCAGGCUAUGUUCUAAACAUUUAGCAGGGUUCGCUCUUCUAAGGCGCCACGCCUGGGAUUAUUUUACGGAGAGUGAAACUGCGCCCAGAGAGGCCAAGCUCCGUGUCCAGGGAUCACCCAGCGGGAGAUCCGGCAGGGAGCCCCAGGUUUGACCGCUCUGUGCCUCGGGGCCCUCCCCGGGGCGCGGCGGUCGCGGGUAUUCGCGGCCCCGCCCCGACGCGGGCGUCCGCGCGUGUCCGGGGGUGCGCGCGUGUCCGCGAGGGCGCCCCGCCCGCGCCCGGGCCGGCCGGGGGAGGAGCGCGGCGGCGGGCGGCCGUGGCGAAAGUGCGGCUGCGGAAGCGCGGCAAGGCGGGCGGCGCGGGAGGAAGCUGGGGGCGGCGGCGGGGCCGCGGGGCCCGGGGCCGGGCGGACGCCAUGGGCCGCCUGCACUGCACGCGGGACCCGGUGCCGGAGGCCGUGGGAGGCGACAUGCAGCAGCUGAACCAGCUGGGCGCGCAGCAGUUCUCAGCCCUGACAGAAGUGCUUUUCCACUUCCUGACGGAGCCGAAAGAGGUGGAGAGGUUUCUGGCUCAGCUCUCUGAAUUUGCCACCACCAAUCAGAUCAGUCUCGGCCCCCUCAGAAGCAUCGUGAAAAGCCUCCUUUUGGUUCCUAAUGGUGCCUUGAAGAAGAGUCUCACAGCCGAGCAGGUCCGGGCUGAUUUCAUCACUCUGGGUCUUGGUGAGGAGAAGGCCACUUACUUCUCUGAAAAGUGGAAGCAGAAUGCCCCCACCCUCGCUCGAUGGGCCAUAGGUCAGACUCUGAUGAUUAACCAGCUGGUAGAUAUGGAGUGGAAAUUUGGAGUGACAUCUGGGAGCAGCGAACUGGAAAAAGUGGGAAGUAUUUUUUUACAAUUAAAGUUGGUGGUUAAGAAAGGAAAUCAAACUGAAAAUGUAUAUAUCGAGUUAACCUUGCCUCAGUUCUACAGCUUCCUGCACGAGAUGGAGCGAGUCCGAACCAGCAUGGAGUGCUUCAGCUGAUUUCUGUCCCCCUGCCUCUGCACCGUGCCCCUCCCUGCACCCUCCUCUUCGGUGGUGACUGCUCUGAGGGCCGCCGCUCACAGGCCUGUGGGGCCUGAUUUGGCCAUGCUUCGGAGCCCAGGUGCGAAGCUUUCUGAAAAACAAUGGGAUUAAUUACUCAGCCCUGCACAAUCACCUUGCACACUUUUGUUAGGGAACCUCCACCACGUCUCUCCCAGGACACUUUUUAGAUAUUCAGACAGGCUUUUGCGUCUCAGAUUCAGGGGAGGAGAUAAACUGAGUCACCCCUCCCCCAUCAAAGUUCCAGAGUAAAUAAAUGGUGCCGUCACUCAAGAUGCCUGUGAUCACCCUCCCCCUAAAAAAGCAAGGGCUUGUUGGCGGCUGAGGAAGAGGCAGACGCCGCGAGUGACGCCUGUGGGGAGCCCGCAGCGAGAUUUCUGUCCCGUGCUUGUGGUGGGGCAUCGCUCAGCAGUUUUUACUGGGGCACCCGUGUAUAAGUGCGUGCUCAGUCUACUCGGGCAAGAGCUGAGGCGGAACUCCGUCCUCAUUUCUGGUCUUGGCCUGUUGUGUUGUAAUGAGGGGGCCUUUUGAGGCUGCUUUAGCUUGUUUUGGUUCUAGCUGACUUUCUCUGUUGGUGAGAUGAUGAAUAAAAAAGGUUCUGGAGAAAAGGUCUGAA